AAAUUACGGAAGAACAGAGAGAGACAAAACGCAAACUACUUUUCAGCCGCCAUCUUGAAAUUUUCUUAAAAAAAGGGGCCUGGGGCGAGUAUUCUUCCACCCUGGGAGCUCUGGGAGAAACGCCUGGUGAUCUUUGCUAUUUCCCGCGAGAGUUUGGUCAAGUUUGAAUGUUGACAAUAUUGUGAAUGAAUUCAGAGAAAGUAUUCCAUUUCCACGAUGGUGACGAUGAAUUAACGGUUAAAAUUCCCGAGGUUGUACAUCCGCAGUAUGGCAUGUUUACCUGGCCAUGUGCUCUAGUCCUCGCUCAGUUUGUCUGGCAUAAUCGGUCUUUGAUACAGGGGAAGAAAGUCCUUGAGAUAGGCGCAGGUACCGCCCUUCCUGGGAUUGUUGCUGCCAAAUGUGGAGCUCUUGUUUCACUGAGUGACAGCGAGGAUUACCCAGAAUGCCUGGCAAACUGUCAUAAGAGUAUUCAAGCUAAUAAUGUGCAGACAUUGGAUGUUCUAGGUGUGACAUGGGGACAGUAUUCACCAAACCUUAUUAAUCUGCCCAGCCAGGAUAUCAUUCUGGGCUCAGAUUGUUUCUAUGAUCCAAAAGACUUCAAUGGUAUUUUAGCGACCAUCUCAUACCUACUGGAGAAGAACCAGAAUGCACAAUUCUGGAUGACUUACCAAGAAAGAAGGUUAGUUCAAAUUGGUCCAUUGCCCAUCUUCUGAAAACAUGGGGUUUGCAGUGUGUUCAGGUCCCACUUGAGGUGUUUGGCGCAGACAAGGAACUUGUGGGAGGAAGCAAGCUGUCAAGUAAACACACAAUUCAGAUGCUGCAGAUUACCACAGUCCAUCAAAAUUAACAAGCCUUUUCAGACAAUCAUGUUCAUCAAGGUGACAUCCAUGCAUGUGGUUUGACAAUCAUUUGUUCGAUUCAAACAAACAUUAUAAGAAAAGAAAAUAUCAUUAGUUUUAUUUCGAUUUUUGAAGUGACACCUGAAAUUGAUCUCUACUAACACAGCGAGGUAUAUAGGUUUGCAUAAAACAAAACCAUUACCCACAUUUCGCUCCCGUGACUGUUCCUAUGUUGUAGCCUCCGAUGUUGAGAAAUGGGCUGUAGGGCUGUAACUUUUUUUAGCUCUGUGUUUGGGCCGGUAUCUAGUGGGUUAUGGUGCGCUGGUGCACCGUCAUAAAUAAAAAUGACGUUUUCGUUGGGUAAAGAUUCAGUCAUGUUUGUGAAGUCGUUGAAUCUUUGUGCAUUUAUUCCCCCGAUGAUAGAAAAGUGGAAGAUAAGACCGUUAGUGGGUGAAAUAGGCAAAGUGACUGUGAUAUUUCUUCCAAUUUGACCACAUACUUGGUGGUACGCUCUCUCUCCCCCCUUCUAGCUUUUCCCUGUGUUCGAGGGGUUUCUUGGUGGCAUUUCUCAUACAAACGUUUUCUGUUUUUCUAUAGCGAACGAGUGAGUAUAUGUUUUUUGCUUUUAUAAACCCUCCACAAAAAGUGUUGUUUGUUUGUUUUGUUUUUUGUUAAAAAUUAUUUAUAGUUCUAUAUUUCUCUUAAUUUUAGGAGCCCACUGUUUAAAGAAAAGAGAAAAAUAGUAACUCUAAUGAAAUUUUAUUUUUCCUUGUUGUUUGGUUUAAAUCGGAUAAAUGGUUGUCAAACCACAUUGAUGAAUGUCACAUUGAUGAACAUGAUUGUCUGAAAAGGCUUAUUGAUUAUCUUUGUUUAUGUUAAUAGCACUAAUGAAUUUUCUAUUUUUUAUAACUGAUAGUCAAUAAACGCUACUGAUUGUC